UCGCCGCCGGAUCCUCUCCGUUGCCAAGGCAGCCGCGUCCUGCCGAUCGCCGAGCGGCGAAUCCCGGGCCCCGGCGGCAGCGGGCGGACCAUGUUCGCGCUAGUCCGCUUCCUGGAGGAUAACGUGUGUGACACGCUGCCCGCCGCCCGGGUCCGGGGCUUCCAGCCCAGCUCUCCGGAGGACUUCGAUGACAACCAGGUGUACGCCGUGUACCGGAGCACCGGGGAGGAGGAGGAGGCCGGAGCGCAACCGGCGCACAUCUUGGCCCUGGCAGAAAACAAAACUGAUCUGGAAAAGUGCGUACUGCAGAGGAAAAUCAAAAUCCCCAAGCUGUGUCUGAACUCAACAGAAGGGUCUUGGGAGUUUAAAGAGUAUGAAGAGGAUGAGGACAGUGAGCGCCGGCAUAGCAAGAGACCAGAUGGAAGGAAACAUGUGGAAGGAACCCGUAAGAGCAUUGAAGCGGUUGUGGCCCGCCUGGAGAAACAGAAUGGAGUUGGACAGAGUCACAAGUCUGGCUGCGAUGAGACAUUCAUGGACCCCUGUCACAUGGCGGCACACAUGGACAGACUGGACGAAGCUCUGGUCCCUCGAGUUCUGUAUGAGGAAUUGCUGAGGAGUUACCAGCAGCAGCAAGUGGAAAUGAGGCACAUACAGCAUGAGCUGGAAAGGACUCGGAGGCAGCUGGUUCAGCAGGCAAAAAAGCUGAAAGAUUACGGCAAUUUAGUGACGGAGGUGAAGGAGCUACGAGUUCUGAACCGGAGACUCCAGGAUGUGCUACUGCUUAGACUGGGCAGUGUGUCUUCAUGGAAUUAUCGAACAAAUGGAAUCCAUGGCUCCCCUCCAGUGGCAGUAGGAGCAGAAAAUUCCGAUCUAGCUGGAACAAACGAAGGUUUCACCAUUGACCUGAAGGCUGAAUCUUUAGAUCUGUGUGAGCCUGAGCCUGAAAUACAGAAAUUGACCAACGAAGAGGCCAAUACAUCCUCAUUCUACCCCACUUCUGCCCCUGUUCUGGAUAAAUAUAUCCUAGAGAAUGGGAAGGUCCAUCUGGGAAGUGGCGUGUGGGUGAAUGAGGAAAAAUGGCACCAGUUACAAGCCACACAGGGAGACUCCAAGUACACCAAGAACUUGGCGGUUAUGAUUUGGGGAACUGAUGUCCUGAAGAACCGAAGUGUCACUGGCGUGGCGACAAAGAAAAAAAAGGACGCAAGUCCUAAACCUCCCCUCUCACCCCACAAACUGAGCAUUAUCAGAGAAUGUGUGUAUGACAGAAUAGCACAAGAGACAAUGGACGAGAAUGAAAUUGCACAACGGCUCUCCAAAGUCAACAAAUAUAUUUGUGAGAAGAUCAUGGACAUUAACAAGUCUUGUAAAAACGAAGAGCGAAGAGAGGCAAAGUACAGUGUGCAAUAAACCUGCGAUGCUUUGUCAAGUCUGGGUGUUUACUUUUAUUUUUUUAGUUUUUUGCGUCGUUCUUUGGAUGCCGAUCAGCUGCCGUCUUAAUUUAAAGCGAGAACCAAAAUGUGCACUUGUAUCUGCUUGAACAUUUCUGGAUAAGGCCAAUCUUCUGAGACUUCUGGAAUCUACGUCAGCAGGACUAAAGAAGCUGAAUUGCGUGUGAUCCCAGCAGUUGACACGUCGUCUUGUAUAGCUUUGUUUUUGCCAAAUUCAAUGCACUUCUGAUUUGUGUAACAAGUACAAAACUGGUGGACAUGUUACAUAGCAAUAUGUCAAUACUGCUAAGCUCUUUUUAGUAAGCGUUUUUUUAAAGCCUCCCCGUCUUGCCACUUUAUCUUUUGUAAAAAGGUAAUGAUCUUGUGUCUGUAUAGUUGGACAUUUCUUGCUAGAAGUGUAAGGAUGAUCUCCUGUCAGUCUGCGUAAAGUAAAUCUGUCACUAACCUGGGUAAUUCAGACUUGCCAUGUA